AUGACACGAGAACAAUACAUACUAGCAACACAGCAGAAUAAUCUGCCAAGGGCUGAGAAUGCACAACUGUACCCAGUGGGAAUUUAUGGAUGGCGAAAGAGGUGCUUGUACUUCUUUGUCCUUCUGCUGUUGGUUACCAUGAUAGUUAACUUAGCCAUGACAAUAUGGAUAUUGAAAGUUAUGAAUUUCACUGUGGAUGGUAUGGGAAAUCUGAGAGUCACCAAGAAGGGAAUCCGACUUGAAGGUAUAUCUGAGUUUCUACUUCCAUUGUAUGUGAAAGAAAUUCAUUCCCGAAAGGAUAGUCCACUGGUCUUACAGUCUGACAGGAAUGUAACAGUGAAUGCAAGAAAUCACAUGGGGCAGUUAACUGGACAGCUGACAGUAGGAGCUGAUGCUGUGGAAGCUCAGUGUAAAAGAUUUGAAGUGAGAGCGAGUGAAGAUGGCAGGGUGCUGUUUUCUGCAGAUGAAGAUGAGAUUACCAUUGGGGCUGAAAAGCUGAAAGUUACAGGCACUGAAGGAGCGGUAUUCGGGCACUCUGUCGAGACACCUCACAUCAGAGCAGAGCCUUCCCAAGACCUCAGGCUUGAAUCACCAACCAGGUCCUUGAUCAUGGAAGCUCCUCGAGGGGUCCAGGUGAGUGCUGCUGCAGGAGACUUCAAGGCCACUUGCAGGAAGGAGCUCCAUUUGCAGUCGACAGAGGGGGAGAUAUUUUUGAAUGCAGAUACAAUCCGGCUGGGAAAUCUACCGACCGGCUCCGUUUCAUCUUCUUCACCUAGCUCCUCAAAUUCUCGACAGACAGUGUAUGAACUGUGUGUCUGCCCUAACGGCAAACUGUACCUUUCUCCAGCAGGAGUAGGUUCUACUUGUCAGUCCAGUAGCAACAUCUGCUUGUGGAACUGAAGGGACUGAUUUCUCCUCACACCAGAAUAGCCUUUUGUUCCUGUCCGUCUGCUUCACAGGUCUGCUCGGUUUCCCUUGUGAUCAGUCCAGAGCUUCUUCAAAUGGUCCACGGAGCAACUUCCUCCAGUGUAAGCAGGGAUUCGCCACCACUUCUUGUGUGAUUUACCGUACCGCUCAACACAGAAAGUGUGAAUUACAGAACAGUGGAAAAAUCAUUUUCAGAGGGAAAACUGGAUCAUAACUUUUGCUCAAAAGGGAGAAAAACAUAGGUGCCUUUGCUACAUGAAGUGAAGCACACAGUUUUAGAUUUUUGCAGGACCUGGAUAUGAACUGCACACAUAUACGUGACAUAGAUGAAAUUCCCAGUAUCCAAUGGCAAGAUGAAAUGGUCAACCCUGUAAGAAAACUAAUUCUACAGUCUGAAAGCACAAUUUUCCAUUCAUCUUUUUGGAUGUAAACUUUU